CCGGGCCGCUGGCCCGCAGGAUGCCGUCGGCGGCCCGGCGGAGCGGCUGCUGGAUCGCCUGGUGCCAGGCGGCGCUGCUCGGCGUGUCGGCGCUGGUCCUCGCGGCCGAACGGAGCGCUCUGAUCUACUGUAUAGGAUUUUACCUUUGGAACGAGGAGACGCAUUGGGCAGCCUUUACACUCGGCCUCUUCCUACCGGGGACAGCAGUUCAGCUGCUGAGUGUAAAAUGGUACUAUGAAGACGGUGACGACAGGCGGUGCUACCUCUCUGUCAUACACAUAUUACACCUGGGCAUCUUCAAAAGGUUGUGGGACUGCAUGAGGUCAGUGUUUCGCAUGCAAGGCUCAGUGGCAGAACUUGGGGUAGCGGUCAUGCAGCAGGCAGAUGUUGCUGCCCUUUGGCUACUAGAGGCCCUUUUUGUUACGCUUCCUCAGAGCCUUCUGCAAGCAUACAUCGUGGUGUCGACUGAUGUGGGCAUUGGAUCACCAGUGGCCUAUUGCUGUGGAUUAUGUGUGCUGUCUGUUUCCUGGGCCCUGGUGCUGUACAGCCGAGCCUGUUGUUUGAUACGACCAGGACACUUAGCCAUGCCUCCAGCAGCCCUGCUGUGCCAGCUGGUCUGGAGAGUGGGCAUGUUGGGGGCUAGGGUGACCUGCCUCAUGUUCUUUGCCCGGGUCUUUAACUGGUGGGUCUGUGGAGUAGCAGGUUUUCACUGGCUCACAGCCUCCUUCUGGCUGGUAUCGCAGCAGCCAGACAUUUGCACUGGACACUGGCGUUGGCGAACCUUUAAUAGCGUCCUGGGGCUCAUCCACGUCUUCCUCUUCCUGAACGUCAAAGAUGGACCCUCACGCUUUCGCAUGGCUAGCUUCUACUCAUUCAUGCUUGUGGAGAACGCCACUCUGCUGCUGGCUGCCUCCGACUUCCUGAGUGAAGCAUCAUGGGACAGCAUGACCCUUCCCACCUCUGUGCUGUGCAGCUUUCUCCUCGGGGCCACUUCUCUGGUUCUGUACUACCGGUUUCUCCAUCCAAAGUCCACAGAGAUCUCCCAUGGUUUGAACCGUCACCACAUGGGCAGCACAUGCAUAGAACAAGGGGAGUCCUCCUUUUCUCUCGGAGAUAAAAGUUUGCCAGCUUCUUCCAUUCAAAACCACGGCAGCUUCUCCCUCUCUGGUGUGGCAGGUUCUCUGCUGGAGCACCCUGGAAACUGUGGAGAUCACUCAAACAGCUCCUGUCCCUGCUUCCAUCAUCACUGGCUCCUGAUUCGCCUAGCCCUGAAGACUGGAGAUCUCAAUAAAAUCAACAGGGCGUAUGGAGCUGGGGGACCAGCUGCCAUACUGGACAUGGAGGAAUACAACCAGGAGUUUAAAAGCAGCUGUGAGGGUGUCUCCACUUCAGAGUCGCAGGGAAAGGGCCUGGCUCCUCUCUCAGACUGCAAAGAUGAGUUCCAGAGCUUAAGUGAACCCACAUCCACUGAACCGCCUGAAGAAGAAUACGACAGUCUGGAGAUGGAGAGCCCAAUGGAGUCGCCAACAUCAGAUUUCAAACGCAGCUCCCCAGAGGGCAAGUCUGUCUUCGGAGACAGUCCAGAACCGUAUUUCUGCCCCACAGAAUCAAGUUCCACCUUAUACUUCAGCGCUGACCCGCAGUCGCCCAGUAGCGGUAGUAACCCCCAUUUGGACCAGGACGUUGGGGGUUUUGAAUACGGGGUUCGGCUCAACUCCAUCCCAAGUGAUCCUGCCCUUCACAGGGAUGUGCGCAUACUCAUGGGCCGUGUUGGACCGCGCUGCAUUUCCACUCCUAAGCUGGACUCUGGAGUGCUGGAUUCUUCCUCCAGUGUUCCUCAUCUUACAGGCCCAAGGAGGCAGCUCAUAAUGUCCCACAGAGAUGAAGGUGACAACUUCUAGCCAUCUUACAACAGAAUCAGGGAACAAGUCAACAGCAGCCUAUCCGUCAUUCACAGAGCACAGAAGCUUUAUCACCUGCAAAAACUUGGUAGAUAACAUCUUGUUAUUUCAU